AUGAGGAACACUGUGGCUUUAACUCUUUUGUCGCUAGCCGCUAUCGGCGCCCCAGCUGCUGCUCAAAUUCGGGUAUCACCUCCGGCAAUGCAGGCAGCACCGGUUCCGACCAGUGCAGCCGUUGCAAACCAAGCUGUCAACCCCAGUAACCCGUUGAAGAAUGCAGCAGCGGAGCGCCUUGAUUCUCUUACAAAAGGGCUCGAGGAUGCCAUGAAGUCAAACCCGUUUUUUCAGCUGACGGGCCUGUCGAUGCAAAUUAGAGAACUUGCACUCACGAAUCCCGACGCCAUCAAGGGAGCUGGCGUGUAUGUAGUGAACGCACCGAAGCCCUCUGCUGAAAAUAAGAAAAUGACACAGUUAUUUGCCGACCAGGGCGUCGAGGACAUUUUGCAAGGUGUUGAUAGUCCCCCAGUUAAGAUGCAGAGAAAAGAGGAGGAAGAAGCGAAACUUGAUUACGAAAAGCUUAUGGACCCAGGAAAUCAGUCGGACCUUCAAAAAGCACUUCCGCCACAGGAAAGGCUGCGAUAUGACCAACAAAGAAUAGGGCAAAUCAAGAAUCAGAUCUCUGUCUACAAGAAAAACGUCGAAAGGGCUAAGAAAGCAAUCAGAAAAAAGGCGGAGGCACGUGAGCAGUAG